AUGAGUGGACGUUCGUGUCACAAGGCGAAUACAGUAGACGCUGUUGAGCGCGGACUUUUGAACUAUGAGCUUGACCUGCAGCGGAGAACGAAGAUGGCGCAGGACAAUAACCGUCGUCGCCAGGCGCUCAGGGUCGCAGCGGUACUGGUCAUUAUGGCCGCCACGGCAACUGCUCUGCUUGCAUACCUUUCGACCGGAAGCAUAAGCCAGGAAAGGACCGGCGAAAAGCGGCUUCAACAGAGGGAUCUGAAGUCCGCAACGCCACCGGCCGAAAAAGACCUCGUGAAGCCGGGGUACAAGGUGCCCGACUGGGCAAACUACUCCGGAUCCGGCCCCAAAAUCAACAAUUCAGAAGUUGGUCAAGGCGGCUUUUUCGGCAGCAUGGUCACCGCUUGUCAUAACGACAAUAGUACGUCAGGAAUCGAGAGUUGUCAACCACCCACUUCCGGUAACCGAAACCUAUGCGUAACCGUCUACCAACUGGACCCGGCCAAAACCAUCCAUCGCGGUUGCGCCGAAUUGGCGAUUCAAGACGUCCAGCAAUCCUCAUUCUGCUUUGACAAGGAACAAAAAGUCCAGUGCUACUGCACCACCACCAAAUGCAAUAAUAGCCGCCUC